UGGAGAUCCCGCAGAGUGGCUUUCGUUCAGAGCUCCACCUCUGAUCGUGGUUGCCGCUGCCAGGUCCGCUUAAUGCACAGUAGUGAUCAGGCUUCGUUAUCACUCCAGCUGCAGCAAAGCACUCAUCUCGCCGGUGUCAGCAACAGUCCUCCUCGACACGUUGUUCUCCACAUACCACCGUUGAUUGUCGAGUCUUGUUCCAUAGCUGAGGAGACAUCAAUAUCGCCGUUGCUGUUGAAAUUUGUCCCCACCUCAUCACUUACAAGAUCCUCCGAUGUCUUGACCGUUGCUCUUGUUCUGAAGUCUCCUGGCGUUGUACACUAUCCAAAAGAAUUGACGAGCGUACGUCCGACUGACCCAGCUGAUAUCGACUUUCGAACAUUCGUUGAGAUAUGUCAAGCAACGACCAUCUAUAUACACUUUGCCAGAGCUCAGUUCGACGAACAAGAGACGUCAAGAUUGAGUGCGCUGGUAAAUGGCUUCGACAGCGAAGACCUGAAAGCGCCUUACCUUAACCUUGGCCGAGAGGAUCGCGGCAGAGGCUUACAAGAAGGUACAUGGCAGGUCUUCAGCCCCCAGGUCUUCAGCCCAAAAGCCUCAGGGUCCAGCCACGACGAGACAUCUUCGAGCCUGGGCAAAAGAUCAAGACAAUCUUUAGGCACUCCUUCUGAUAGUCAUCCCAAGCGUCCUACCUAUACCUAUACCACUCCUCCCCCUUACUCUCCGACGGAGGUUAAUACCACACCCACCACGACCUCUGGUCACUCAAACAGCAUAAGACCGACGGUAUUCACCCUGCCGCCAUACUGCAAGGAGCCAGGCCCCUCCAAGGAAGAUGGCCAGGUGACUCUCCUUGCCAAUAUGCUUGCAACAGUGCCCGAACAUGUGCUUCGCGAAGCAAUCAUUCAGUCCGGUCAUGAACGUCUGUUAGGUCUAGCACCUGCAAGUUCCGCGCCUGAGAAGCCUCUCGAGCUUCUUGGGCGCCGAGCUCGCCGACUGUCCAGUCCUCGGAUCACCGCCUUGGUCAGGGACCUCUUUACUGCAGAGGUAGAGACCCGAAUGAAGUAUCUAGUCGAGUCCGGAUUACCUCUCCAAACCAAUGCCGCCAUCGAGAAGGUCAUGGACGAAUAUCAUAACGUCUUCCAUCAUGACUGCGAGAACGCUGAAGCAACCAUACAAGAACAGGUUGAUGACGCCUCUUUGGAGGUGAAGAUGGCUCUCGAAGACGGCAUGAGAGAGAUUGAGGAGUUGGUCGAGGAACGACUUCAAAAGCUGGCUGCUGAGUAUGAGAGCUUUGAU